AUGACGGAUACCUCAGCUGUCGAGGUUCCGAAGGAUUCGUUGUUCCGUAAACGCCGGCUCAAUUUUACUCUCGACUUCAAAAAAGAAGCUGUUCAGUUUGCGAUCAAGACAAAUAACGUAAAAGCGGCGGAGAGGUUUUCAGUAUCUCGUCAGUGCAUCCAGAAUUGGAAAGAACAACAGGCGGAGCUGGAAAGUGCUGUAGAGAAAGAUGGUGCGAAAAGAAGAAGAUUGAACGGUGCAGGACGACAUGUAAAAGACGCUGAUUUCGAUGAGAACCUUUCUGCUUGGGUUCGCGAAAAACGUGCAAAGAAGUUACGCGUUACAAGAAGAAUGAUCCAGCAACGCGCUCGUGAAUGCUCGGACUUUAAGGUAUAA